AUGUUUCCACCUGCCCGUCCAGUAACGGGUCCGACAAUGAACUAUGCCAUUGCGGCUACCGGCGUAUUCGCGUUGCUAUCCGCAAUAUACUGGUUUGUCAGGGGCCAGAAGCGCUUUAUGCAGGCCCUGGUGAAUGCGGAAAUCGAAUUCCCUGAAGCCAGGACGUCAAUUGAUCCGACUAAAUCGGACGUAUAA